AUGGUAGGGAGCGCUCCCGAAGCGAAGCGAGCUCAGUUUGAGCAGUAUAAGGAGGAGCUGAGUAGGGAUGGUUCCAUUGGCGAUGACGCCGCCUCAACCGAUGGCAGCGGCGCUGUCUCCACCAGCUCCGCCGCCGGUGACGCCAGUCUGGACAUGGCCAAGAGCCACACCAGCGACGGCAUGAGCGGGAUCGCCGGCGACGCAGAGAACGAGGGAGCUACGACAAAGCGGGGGCGGGGGCGGGGGAAACACCGUCGCUGA